CUCGCGGUUCAUGAGUUCAGUGAUGGUGGUGAAAAAAAUGGCGGCUAGAUGAGUCUCUCCACUCCUACAGAGAGAAGAAAAAGUGUUUGAGAAAACUCUGGAUAUAUCUUUGGAAUAUCGACAGCAACACUCCCGGGCGUCUCGCAUCACCUUCAUCAGUGAGGAUGUCACGCUGGGUGCCCACGAAGAAGGAGAAGUAUGGAGUCGCAAUCUAUAACUAUGACACACGCAGUGAUGAAGAGCUGUCCUUACAGAUCGGAGACACUGUACACAUUCUGGAGACUUACGAAGGAUGGUAUCGAGGGUAUCGGCUGAGGAGGAAAUCGAAGAAGGGAGUGUUUCCGGCUUGCUACGUACAUCUGAAAGAGGCCACGGUUGAAGGCAGCGGACAAAAGGAGACGGUCAUUCCUACCGAGCUUCCGCUGGUUCAUGAGGUCACGACUACGCUGCGAGAAUGGGCGGCAAUAUGGAGGGACCUGUAUGUGGGCGACAAGCGUGAGAUGUUCAACACGGUCCGAGACAUGAUCUACGACUUGAUCGAAUGGCGUUCCCAGAUCCUGUCCGGCACGCUCCCGCAGGAUGAGAUGUCUGAGCUCAAACAGAAAGUCACCUCUAAGAUGGACUACGGGAACAAGUAUUUAGACUUGGAUCUGGUGGUGAGAGAUAAAGAUGGGAAUAUUCUGGAUCCUGACCUGACCAGCACUAUCAGUCUGUUCCGAGCGCAUGAAACCGCGUCCAAGCAGAUUGAAGCUCGCAUCCAGGAGGAGAAGUCUCAGAAGCAGAACUUGGAUUUGAGCAGGCAGGCCAAGUUUGCCUCCACACCCUCGUUCGCCCUGUUUGUCACGCUCAAAAAUGUCGUGUGCAAAAUCGGAGAAGAUGCAGAAGUGCUGAUGUCACUAUAUGACCCGAUCGAGUCCAAGUUCAUCAGUGAAAACUAUCUUGUGCGCUGGUCCAGCUCAGGUUUGGUGAAAGACAUCGAUCAGCUCCAUAACCUGCGUGCCGUAUUCACUGAUCUGGGGAGUGAAGACCUGAAGAGGGAGAAAAUCAGCUUUGUUUGUCAGAUUGUUCGAGUGGGCCGCAUGGAUCUCAGAGAUAACAACACUAAGAAGUUAACAUCUGGCCUCCGCAGACCCUUCGGUGUGGCAGUAAUGGACGUCACAGACAUCAUCACGGGAAAGAUGGACGAUGAGGACAAGCAACACUUCAUUCCCUUCCAGCCGCUAGCGUUGGAUGACGCCAUUCGCCACAGGCAGCUGAACAUCUCCCGUUUUUCACCCAGGGUGGCGGGCGAGAACGACUUCCUCCAGACCGUCAUCAACAAGGUCAUCGCCGCCAAAGAGGUCAAUCACAAAGGUCAAGGUCUGUGGGUUACGCUGAAGUUGCUUCCAGGAGAUAUUAAUCAGAUCCGUAAAGAUUUCCCUCACCUGGUGGACCGCUCCACCGCCGUCGCUCGCAAAAUGGGCUUCCCAGAAAUCAUCAUGCCAGGUGAUGUCCGCAAUGACAUUUAUGUGACGCUGGUUCAGGGGGAUUUUGAUAAAGGCAGUAAGACGACACCUAAAAACGUGGAGGUCACCAUGUCUGUACAUGAUGAAGAUGGAAAGAAACUGGAGACCGUGAUCUUUCCUGGAGCUGGAGAUGAAGGCAUUCUGGAAUACAAAUCGGUCAUUUACUACCAGGUCAAACAGCCUCGCUGGUUUGAAACCUUCAAGGUUGCGAUCCCAAUUGAAGAUGUCAACAGGAGUCACCUGCGGUUCACCUUCAAGCACCGCUCGUCUCAGGACUGCAAGGAUAAAUCAGAGAAGAACUUUGCUCUGUCGUUUGUGAAGCUGAUGAGAUACGACGGCACGACGCUGAGGGACGGGGAACACGAUCUCAUCGUCUAUAAGGCCGAAGCCAAGAAAUUGGAGGACUCCAGCAUGUACCUGAGCUUGGCCUCCACCAAACCAGAGAUGGAGGAACGAAACCCAUCGUCCGGGAAGAACACGCAGAAUCUCGGCAGCUUCUCCAUCAGCAAGGACUCGUUUCAGAUCUCCACGCUUGUUUGCUCCACCAAACUCACGCAGAACGUUGAUCUCCUGGGGCUGCUGAAGUGGAGAUCCAACAUCAGUUUGCUCCAGCAGAACCUCCGUCAGCUGAUGAAGGUGGAGGGAGGCGAGGUGGUCAAGUUUCUGCAGGACACUUUGGACGCCCUUUUCAACAUUAUGAUGGAGAACUCAGACAGUGAAACCUUUGAUACGCUUGUGUUCGAUGCUCUGGUCUUCAUAAUCGGCCUGAUCGCAGACAGGAAGUUCCAUCAUUUCAAUCCGGUUCUGGAGACCUACAUCCGCAAGCACUUCAGUGCCACCCUGGCCUACACAAAGCUGACCAAAGUCCUGAAGAACUACGUGGAUAACGCCGAGAAGCUGACGGAGCAGCUGCUGAAAGCUCUGAAGGCUUUGGAGAACAUCUUCAAGUUCAUCGUGAGAUCCCGCGUUCUCUUCAACCAGCUCUACGAGAACAAAGGCGAGAGUGAUUUCAUGGAGUCCCUGAGGAAUCUCUUCGCCUCGUUUAAUGCCAUGAUGAACAGCAGUGCUGAAGGGACCGGCGGGGUGAAGGGUGCUGCACUGAAAUACGUCCCAACUAUCGUCAAUGAUCUGAAACUGGUCUUUGAUCCAAAGGAGCUCAGUAAGCUGUUCAGUGAGUUUAUUCUCAAAGUUCCUCUGGGGCGUCUGGUGAAGCAGAAGUUGAACUGCAUGAUUGACAUCGUCCACAGCGACCUGUUUAUUCAGCAUGACUGCAGAGAGAUCCUGUUGCCUUUGAUGACGGAGCAGCUCAAACUUCACCUGGAGAAUCAUGAGGAGCUGGACUCCUGCUGCCAGCUGCUCAGCAACAUCCUGGAGGUGCUUUACAGGAAGGACGUGGGCCCGACGCAGUGGCACGUUCAGAUCAUCAUGGAGAAGCUGCUCAGGACGGUAAACAGGACGGUGAUCUCCAUGGGCCGAGACUCUCCUCUCAUAGGCAGUUUUGUGGCGUGUAUGACCGGCACUCUGCGGCAGAUGGACGACUAUCACUACACUCACCUCAUCAGCACCUUUGGGAAGAUGCGCACAGAUGUGGUGGAUUUCCUCAUGGAGACGUUUAUCAUGUUUAAGGAUCUCAUUGGGAAGAACGUGUAUCCUGCCGACUGGGUCAUAAUGAACAUGAUGCAGAAUAAAGUCUUCCUGCGAGCCAUCAAUCAGUACGCCGCUGUACUCAGCAAGAAGUUCCUCGAUCAAACCAACUUUGAGCUUCAGCUGUGGAAUAACUACUUCCACCUCGCUGUGGCAUACCUUACCCAGGAGUCUUUGCAGCUGGAGAACUUUUCGAGUGAUAAACGGGCCAAGAUCUUCCAAAAGUAUCAAGACAUGAGGCGACAGAUUGGCUUCGAGAUCCGAGACAUGUGGUACAACCUGGGUCCACACAAAAUCAAGUUUAUCCCAGAGAUGGUGGGUCCGAUUCUGGAGAUGACGCUGGUUCCUGAGAUCGAGCUGCGUAAAGCCACCAUUCCCAUCUUCUUUGACAUGAUGCAGUGCGAGUUUCACUUCAGACGCUGCUUCCAGACGUUUGAGAACGAGAUCAUCACCAAGCUGGAUCACGAGGUGGAAGGCGGCCGAGGAGAUGAACAGUACAAAAUCCUCUUCCAGAAGAUUCUGUUGGAGCACUGCAGGAAGCACAAGUAUCUGGCUAAGUCAGGCGAAACCUUCGUUACUCUGGUGGUCCGUCUGUUGGAGAGACUUCUGGACUACAGGACCAUCAUGCACGACGAGAACAAGGAGAACCGCAUGAGCUGCACAGUUAACGUGCUGAAUUUCUAUAAGGAGAUAGAGAGGGAAGAGAUGUACAUCAGGUACCUGUAUAAGCUGUGUGACCUGCAUAAGGAGUGUGAUAACUACACCGAGGCUGGAUACACCUUACUGCUGCACGCUAAACUCCUCAAGUGGUCUGAAGAGGCCUGUGCCGCCCACCUGACGCAGAGAGACGGUUACCAGGCGAGCACUCAGUGUCAACUCAAAGACCAGCUGUACCAGGAGAUCAUCAAUUACUUCGACAAGGGCAAGAUGUGGGAGGAGGCCAUUAUUCUGGGGAAGGAGUUAGCCGAACAGUACGAGAACGAGAUGUUUGACUUUGAGCAGCUGAGCGCUUUACUGAGGAAGCAGGCUCAGUUUUAUGAGAACAUCGUGAAAGUGAUCAGACCAAAGCCGGACUACUUCGCUGUGGGGUAUUAUGGACUGGGCUUCCCCUCGUUCAUGCGGAAUAAGAUGUUCAUCUUUCGGGGGAAAGAGUAUGAGCGGCGGGAGGACUUUGAGGCCAGACUCCUGACUCAGCUUCCCAACGCUGAGAAGAUGAAGACCACGACGCCUCCCAGCGAGGACAUCAGGAGCUCCUCUGGACAGUACAUUCAGUGUUUCACAGUGAAGCCCAUCCUAGAGCUGCCACCAAAGUUCCAGAACAAACCUGUGUCAGAGCAGAUCGUCAGCUUUUACACCGUGAAUGAAGUCCAAAAAUUCCAGUAUUCACGGCCGGUCCGGAAAGGAGAGAAAGAUCCAGACAAUGAGUUCGCUAACAUGUGGAUUGAAAGGACAACUUACGUAACCGCCUAUAAACUACCCGGCAUCCUGCGCUGGUUUGAAGUCGUCUCUGCUUCAGCGGAGGAAAUCAGUCCACUGGAAAAUGCUAUGGAGACAAUGCAGCUAACCAAUGAGAAAAUCAGCAACAUGGUCCAGAGCCACUUAAACGACUCCAGCCUUCCCAUCAACCCCCUCUCUAUGCUCCUCAACGGCAUCGUGGACCCAGCUGUCAUGGGCGGCUUCACUAAUUAUGAAAAGGCAUUUUUCACUGAGAAAUACACCCAGGAACAUCCAAAUGACCAGGAGAAGAUUGAAAAACUAAAGGAUCUGAUUGCUUGGCAGGUAAUGAUAUAAUCAAUGCAUGUCUUA